GUUAAGGUUUCCUAAUUUCACACAUUUCUUUAUAUGUGGUACUCUGACAGUGAAGAAGAUUCUUGGGCUAUAAACGAUGAAGAGUCUACUUUUUCUGGUGCUGAUUUCUUUCUGCUGGGCUGACCAUCAUGCUGCCAACUUCACUCUGGAGCACGACAGAAUUAUUCACAUCCAUGAAAAUGGACCUCGGCUUUUUGUGGAAGCAGAACAAACUAAACUCUUCUCACAACGGGGUGGCAAUGUCACACUGCCAUGUAAAUUUUACCGUGACCAGGCAUCAUCUGACUCAGGAUCCCAUAAAAUUCGGGUCAAGUGGACCAAACUCACCUCAGAUUACCUCAAAGAAGUGGAUGUCUAUGUUGAAAUGGGGUACCACAAAAAGAGCUAUGGAAAUUACCAGGGAAGAGUCUUCCUGAAGAAAAGCACAGAAAAUGAUGCCUCUCUUGUAAUCAAUAAUAUAAUGCUGGAGGAUUAUGGGAAAUACAAAUGUGAGGUGAUUGAAGGAUUAGAAGAUGACACAGCUGUUGUCUCUCUAGAGUUACAAGGUAUUGUAUUUCCUUACUUUCCACGGCUGGGUCGCUAUAACCUAAACUUCUAUGAGGCUCAGAAAGCCUGCCUGGACCAAGAUGCAGUCAUAGCUUCAUUUGACCAGCUGUAUGAUGCAUGGAGGUCAGGCCUUGACUGGUGCAAUGCAGGCUGGCUCAGUGAUGGGUCAGUGCAGUAUCCCAUCACAAAUCCCAGGGAACCUUGUGGAGGAAAGAACACAGUGCCGGGAAUCCGGAAUUAUGGCUUCUCCAACAAAGAUCAAAACAGAUUCGAUGUCUUUUGUUUUACAUCUCAUUUUAAUGGCCGUUUUUAUUACCUAAUACACCCAACCAAACUGACCUAUGAUGAAGCUGUGCAGGCCUGCCUCAAAGACGGUGCACAGAUUGCUAAAGUAGGCCAAAUAUUUGCAGCCUGGAAGCUUCUCGGAUAUGACCGCUGUGAUGCCGGCUGGCUGGCUGAUGGCAGCGUCCGGUACCCCAUCUCCAAGCCAAGGAAGCGCUGUAGUCCUACUGAAGCAGCAGUCCGCUUUGUGGGCUUUCCAGAUAAAAAGCACAAGCUCUAUGGUGUCUACUGUUUCCGGUCAUACCAGUGAACAUAACCAACAGCACAGCAAUUUCCAAUCCAUCAAGAACAUGUGAAGGAUUUUCUUUCAGUAUGAACUCAUGCAAGUUACCAAAACUGUGAUAAAUCUUUUUUACUUACUGUAAAAAGUCAUUUUCAUAAAACUGAUCAUUAAUUUGUUUUUUGUUGUUUUUUUAAAGCUUUCAUUCAAUAGAUAUUUUAAAUUAAUAUAAUUUAAAGGAAGCUCUAAGUAAGGAAGUAUUUAAAGUGUAAUUGUUUAAGCUACAUCAUUCCGACAACAGAGCAUAUUUUUGGUGAAUGGGGCAUGCAAAACUUGGUGAUUUUCUAUGACUACAUUA